AUGUAUAUGCUGCGAGCAAACUCGAUCAUGUUCGCUGCAAGACCGGGGACAGGGCGAAGCGUCAAGCAGCUAUCCCGGUCUCGAGAUUCGUGCCGCAGUGGGAGCAUCAAUAUCUACGUAAGGUCACACUGGUGGAGUCGAAGGCACGUCGUCAAAUUCGGGGCUGUGCAGCGCGUCACUGUCAUGCCCCAGAGGCGGGGCUCAGCACAGUACCGUAUGACCGGCACACCGAUCGCAAGUGCCCGGAUAUCCAACGACUGCUGCGCGGGAUCUCCAGAGGGGCGGUACUACUUGUGUAUCCUUUGUUUCCCCCGCGGAUACUCGUUGCCGGCCAGAGCAGUCACUCUUCGUGAGCAUGCUGCGCUCAAUCUUAUUGCCAUACCUGUCGCUGUCCGAGCAGGCACGAAGACCAGUCAAAGCGCGCGAGUCCGCCUUCCUCCUUUGUCUCCUCUUGGAAUCUUGCCCACGAAUAUGACUGGAUUCUACUUAUCUGUGCCUGCUUUAUGCCCCCACAGACGUCACCGUGGGGUGCCGUCGGACGAGUCAGAGUGCAAUGCUGUCGCACCUCACAUAGCCGCAAUAGGUGCACAGAGCCCAAGACGCCCCGAGCAUUGUUUGGAUUUCGAGCGCAGCACGCUGGGCCUCACGGACGCCGGCGGCAGGAUGGGUCAUGGAACCCGGGGAAGGGCGCCCCGGCGCUACAAGUGCGAGACGCCCAAGGGACAGCCUACAGAUUCGUCCCAGGCGUCUAGACAUGCUAGAGACGACACAGGGCUACAGAGCAGCGCUAGUUGUGCACCGUGUCCAAGUAGAUGA